ACGUCAGAAUCGACCACCUAUCCCUGCCCCUUCAAGUUGCGGUUUCAAAGUUAACACUGUUAAAACGUUAUUUUAGUACGGAUGAACGUCAUUACAGAUAUUAGCAAUGCCACAUCCAAACGUUCUUGCUGUUUUUGUAUUUGUGUGUGUUGUUCUUGACAUUGCCAAAGCGGGUGAUUGUUAAGACAUUGCUUGGAAAGUAUUUCGAAAGAAAACAUGGAAUGAUAGUAACCGUUCCUCCCCUAGUGUGUGUUGGGUUUCUGGAGAGGCUAUACCAGGGCCUGAAGACUAGUCAUGAGGAACUGACCCCUGCCAGUGUGGAGAUGGGUCUACAGAGGGCAUGUGAGGAAGCAAAGGGCAAAGAGGGCAGAUUGUGUUACUAUUUGGGUGCCACCAGGGACGCGGCAACAAAGAUCACUGGGGAAGUGGCCCGCCCUAUGAGUUCCCACGUGCCCGUGGGGAAGAUCUGCGAGAGACUUCAGAAGAAGGACAGCCAGAUCUGUGAGCUGACCUAUGAGAAGCAGACGAUAGACUUCAGCACGGAGGCCCUGUUCAAACUGAGGGUGACAGAGCUGAAGAACAUCCUUAACUCAUGGGGGGAGGUGUGCAGAGCCUGCUUUGAGAAAACUGACUUUGUGAACCUCAUCCAGGCGGUGGCGCCAAAGCACACAAAAAGCCAUGGACGUGAACAAGCAGACUUGUGAGACGAGUUGAUCUCUGCUACCUAAAAUGUUUUUACACAAAUAAGCCUGCUGAUAUGAAAUGAAUUAUUAUAUUAGCAUUUACAUUUUUACAAAAGAUGGACAUUCAUGCUACCCAUGCAGUGCACAAACAUAUAAAUUAACUGAUAAUUUUAUUACAAAUAGAGCAUUUAACAUGCCACUCAUACCUUCUGUUAACCUACAGCAGAAACACCGACAUAUUUAAUAUCCUAAGUAUGUUAAUAAGAUCACCUAGUAUCUCAGGGUCAAAUCUGAAGAAGGGUUUAUCAAUGAAUUAUCAGUUUUUAUGAUCAUUCAAUACUUUUGUAAUAUGUACUUCUGUUCACAAUGAUCAAAAUUACUCUAAUUUACUCUAAACCAUUUGUUAGUCUUGCUGUGGAGAUAUGUGUGGAUAUUGCAUAUAUCACAGUAUUGCAUAAGUUGUAUACCAACACCUUGGGGAUCUAUACUAUUCUUGUAGAGAGAGAGUGAAGAAAACUACUCUCUCUCCAUGAAUACUAUAGAUAUUUUUCCAUUUAGAAGUAGCUAAAAAUGCUGAUGAGUAAGUGUUUAUGCCCACAGGUUUGCUCAUAAGAAAUGGUACAUGUUGAUGCUCUAAAAAGUAAAAAAUAAGUAAAUAUAUAAAACACUAUACACAUUGUGGCAUUUAUUAAGGCAUUAUAUCGUGAAGACUUUAGGAAUGCACAUUGUACACUUUGAGUGAAAUGUCACCCAGUAUUAACUCAGACAUAACUCAGGAAACACUAUAGAAGCAAUUCAGUCAUGCAUUGUGUUCUUCCAUCUUUGCCAUUCCAUGAAAAGUACAUGCAUAAGGUGCCUCAAAGAAUUCUGUGAACUAUAUGGAAACUAGAACUGUUUACAUUCUCAAACAAAAAAGGACAUCAAUAUUUCAUCAGUGAGGCUUUGUUCAAUAAAUAUAUGUGAUCAAUCCA